AUGCGGAAGCUCAAGUUCAUCGGUCGGUUCUCCCCAUGGGUGGAAGGAUGCCCGAUGGAAGUGUUCAACCGCGCGAACUUCCUCACAGAGCUUCGAGGGCGAGGUUUCUUCUACCUGUUCAUCGGUACGCUCGCCGUGACACAGUGCUUUGUCUGCCUGACCUUCGUGGCCGGCCUGUGGAACAUGCUGAUGGGCAUCCUUUGCCUGCUGAAACGCUAUACCACAGAGGCCACCCAGAAACAGAUUUGUGCCCACUUUGGCUCGGUCGAAGCCGUGUCUGCUGCGGCCAAGUCGAUUGGCGAGGCGCUCGAUCAGGACAAUCUGUUGGGACACCGCAACUGCGAGUGGUUGAAGACAGGAUGA